UCCGCUCCCCACAGGUGAUGGGGGCUCACUAUCAAAUCCGCGUCCGGCAGAUGGGCCCUCUUGAGACGGCAUCUUUAAUCUUUACCGUACAAGAAGACCGGUAUUCACCGGUCAUGAGUUUUAUCUCCAAGACGCGCUUUCUUCCUCUUCGUUCCAUUACUGUCCGAUCUGCAGCCGAAUAUGGCUCUUCUCAGCCUCCAACGGAAUCUGCCGGUGCCAAGUGUACAAGAGCUCGCGAGUGAGCCGUUAGAUGCAGUGCCAAGUAGGUAUCUCAGGGAUGACGUGGAUGACCCAGUCAGCAAUCCCUGCAACCCUUUCCUCCAAAUACCUACGGUCGACAUGUCUAAGCUGUUGGACGCAGAAUCCCAAGCGGAAGAGCUGCACAAGCUCUAUUCUGUUUGCAGAGAUUGGGGGGCAUUUCAGGUGGUUAACCAUGGAGUGGCGGAUGAGCUGGUAAAAAGUAUGAAGGAGAAGAGCCGAGAUUUCUUCUACUUUCCACUCCAAGAAAAGAAACGCUACGCACAGAAGGAAGGAAGUGUAGAAGGGUAUGGUCAGACAUUUGUAAACUCAGAAGAACAGAAGCUCGAUUGGAGUGAUAUGCUUUUCAUCAAUGCCCUUCCGUAUGAAGACAGGAAAUAUAAUUUCUGGCCAGAUCGCCCUCAAGGAUUCAGGGAAGCUCUAGACCGUUACUCGGGAGAGGUGAAGAGGCUAGCACUUUCCCUGCUGGGUUUCAUGGCCAAGGGCCUUGGGCUAGAGGCCCAUGAAUUCUCCAAGGAUUUUGAAGAUGGACUAUACCAUGUAAGGAUGAAUUACUAUCCGCAUUGCCCUCAACCACAGCAAGUGGUCGGGAUGGCGGCACAUGCAGACAUUACAGGCAUCACUGUCUUACUUGAAUUCGACGAAACACAAGGCUUACAGAUUCGAAAAGAUGGAUAUUGGGUCCCCGUCAAGACGCUCUCUGGUGCAUUUCUCGUAAUUGUUGGGAACAUUGGAACGGUAAUGAGUAAUGGGAUUUACCAAAGUGCACAACACAGAGUAGUUGUAAAUAGUUUGAAGGAGAGGCUAACGAUCGUCACCUUCUGCUAUCCUCAUAAAGAAGCCAUAAUUGAGCCUGUCCACAAUCUUAUCAACCCAGAGAAUCCAGCCCUCUUCAAAACCCUCGGUCAUGCUGAGUACUUCGAUCUAUUCUUUAGCCGGAACAGCUACUCUGGUGAACCUUGGUUCAUCGACACCUUGAAGAUCGAUGCCUAACGGUAGGCAAGGUUCAUGUGCUAUUUAGUACUUAAGUUCUGCUUUGUUUAGUCUGCAUGUGUGUUUCUGAUCUGUAGUGUAUGAUAUGCAUAUAUGUGUGUGUACAUGAGAUAUAUGUGUGUGUAUUCUACCCAAACUUGUGUAUUUUAUAUUUACAUGUCGUAGCACUCCUGAUUAUGGGUACACUUGUUGUUAUUCUACGAAAGAAAGAAUUAAUGAACAUAGCUUUUGGGUUCUAUGUGAA